GUUCGUGGUAACGAACCUCUGUCGACUCUACUGGAACAAUUGCGAACACUCUUCGACGGCAAUUUCGCUCGCAAAGGGUACCGAUCAGACGUGUUACACACACAGAAGUCCUUCAGCUUUUCGACGCAGCACUGGCCAAAGAGUGGCCCGUCGAUGAUGCGGCCAUUACGUGGGUUCCUCCAGCAAACCGGGGACAUACCAACCCGAUGAUGGAGUCGAGGGCAAGCCCGUGACGAUGGGUACGAAGGAUCACACCACUGCUGGCGAUUUUCCGUUCCCCACCCACGAAAUCCCCCCGCCGCGGACCGCGCCUGAGUAUGAGCAAUCGGACAACGAGCAAGACGGCUCGAAGACUCCCGACCAUAGCGACGACGAGGAUGCCAGUGAGGUGGUCACAGAUAUUGACGAGCGUCCGAAUGCUCCGGAUGCCCCUCAUGGACUUGCUCUUUUGGACGAGGAACCGCAACAACCAGAGGCCAAUGCGUCCGAGUCGCCGGAGCAAACGGAACCGCAAGUGCGCGCGAGCAGUCGCCGCCGCGCUCAAUUGCCUCCCAAGGCCAAGCCUCCGGUCACUAGGAACGCGGGCUCCCGUCGCAAUGUCGCUGAGACGUGGCCAGCGAGCAACGUUGACGCAGCCGGCGCGAGGCCGGGCCACCGCUACAACCUUCGCUCGUCGGGCCGUCGUGACUUCGGUGCGCCGGGCACCUCUGACGCAGCGGACUGUGCCCCAGUUGCUCCGCGGAGGUCGACUCGUGUUCGCGCGAAGGCAGCGUCGAAGGCGCGGGAUACUGGAUCGAGGGACAGUAGCAUUGGGAAGCGGAGUCGUGAGGGAUCAGACCAGAGCGAGGUGGAGGAAAGCCUGGACGCGCAGUCGUCGAAGCGGCCAGGACCGUCAGUCAGCCCGGGGCAGGAAGGCGUCGAAGAAGUCGGAGAGAAGAA